AUGAUUGUGUUUUCCGAAGCGUGGUGGGUCGGGACCAAGGAAGAGAACCCCGACGAGCUCAAACUCGAGUUUCCAAAAGAGAUGCAGAAUGCUGCGGAAGAUGUUGAUUUUAAAGGCGGAGCAGGCGCUGCCAGUGGCGAGGUAGUGACAGUAAAUAAACCCAGGAAGCGGACCACUGAGCCCCGUACAGCAGAGCCUCGUACAGCAGAGCCCAGUACACCAGAGUUUGAAUCCGAUGCUGAUUCGGAGGAUUUGGAUGUUAAGGAUGAGAUUGGCACGCAGACUACGAGUGAUACACCUGUUAGGAAAUCUGCCAGAACUGCUGGGAAAACCUUCAAGUUCGCAGAGCUCGCUGGAGGAGAUUCGGCUGAAAGUGACACUGAGAUUGAGUUUGCUGAGGACUUGGAUGAGAAGAUGGAGGCUGCAGAAAUUAAGGAAGAAAUCCCAGGUGAAGACAUUAAGGAAGAAAUCCCAAGUGAAAACAUUAAACCUGAAGAUCCUCCAGCAGAGUCUCUUUCUACCAAGAAGCAACCACUUGUUCAGGCUAAUUUGUCUGCCAUGUUUAAAAAAGCAGAAGAAAAAAAGAGACCUACAACUACGAGAAGUCCUAAAGGAUCUCCAGCUACAAAAGGUCCUGCUGCUAAGAAGCAGCGAGCAACUCCAACGAAAAAACAGUCACCAGCGAAGAAGGAAGCAAGCGGAUCCCUCAAGAAGCAAAAAGCAAAGGUACAGGAUGACGAUGCAGGUCCUGCUGCUAAGAAGCAGCGAGGAACUCCAAAGGGACAACAGUCAGCAGCGAAGAAGGAAGCAAGCGGAUCCCAGAAAAAGAAGAAGGCGAAGGUAGACGAGGAGCUCUCUGAUGAAUCCUAUCAGGAUGACGACAUGGGCGAGGAGGAUGAUGAUGACAGCGACGACGACUGGGCCGGGUAA